AUUACUGCGAUAAUCAAGAGAUGGGAAUGUUGACGAGUCAUAGACCUUUGUCUACGCAUGGGAAAGGGAUGGGGAGUGUGAAUGUGCCAUGAGCUCCUGACGUUCUAGGGUGUUGGAUCUCCAUUGCCUAUGGUCAUUCACUUUAUCCCCCAAUCUUAGUUUUGCAUAGUGUGGUCCUCUCAUUUCUUUUGGCUUGCCAUGCUUGUGCAUUAAGAGAAGCUUGUUGUUUUGUCUGCCAAUUUAUAUCUCAAAAGGAAACAAGUAGUACACAAGCUUCUGGAGAAUCAUGUCAUGGGGACUUCGGUAGCAGAACAUUUAUUGACUUAAAUGCCACCCACAAAGUUGGUCUAACCUCAGCAUGUGAACCUAUUCAAAAACUUGAAGGAUGAAGAUACAGUGUGAAGUGUGUGAAAAAGCUGAAGCAGAAGUACUUUGCUGUUCAGAUGAAGCUGCUCUUUGCAAGCCAUGUGACAUUACGGUUCAUGAAGCUAAUAAACUUUUCCAGAGGCAUCACCGAGUUCCUCUACAGAAACCUUCAUCCACCACAUCAUCUACAGCUCCUCUAUGUGAUAUUUGCAAGGAGAGAAAAGGGUACUUCUUCUGCUUAGAUGACAGAGCAUUGCUCUGUAAUGACUGUGAUGGAGCCAUUCACAUUUGCAACUCCCACCAAAGAUUUCUACUUUCUGGAGUCCAAGCUUCUGAUCAGUCUUUGACUAAAAGCUCCGGAUGCAGCACUAAUCUUAGCUCCGAAACUUACCAGAUUCAGUCAAAAGCUUCUUUGAAUAGUCAAUAUUCCAGUGAGGAGAAUGAAGCCGGAAACUCAGAACAUGUGGUUCCAGAGAGAAACCAGGUGGCUGCGCUCAUUGCGACCAGUGUCACUAGAGAUCACCGGUAUCAAUCUUAUGUUGCUAGGGGUGGCCCCUUUUGGCUUCAAUCCAUAAUCAACAAGGAGGCAACAGGGGUUUGAGGCUUUGAAUAGGCUCCUUUUCCUUUUGUAACAUCUCUGUGUAUGCAGGAGUACCUAUUGGUAUCUCUAUUCUUGCUCUCCUUUUCAGUUUCGACUUUAUUCUUCCUCCCAAUCCUCUAGUUUGAGGUGUGUGUUUGUUUUUGGAGGUUUUGUUCUUUUGAAUUAUUAAUACAAUCAGCGUCAAAAAAAAAGAACUGAAGUUGUGGAGAUAUGACUACAUAAAUAGCAAAGACAUCAAACUUUUUACAGUAAAAA